AUGAGAAAGCAUGUGAGAUUCAACAUGGAAGAAAUUAAAUGUAUCAUGUACCAAAUAUUCGACGGUUUGCGUUAUCUACAUGAUAUGAAUGUGUUUCAUCGUGACAUUAAAGAUGGAAACAUUUUAGUAACAAAAGAUGGAGUUGUGAAGAUCUGUGACUUCGGAUUGGCCCGUUUUUUCAUGAAAGAGGACGGAUCCAUUCCAUACUCGGAUAACAAAAUCACAAUGUGUUAUCGACCUCCUGAGAUUCUCCUUGGGUAUUGCAACUAUGAUUCAAAGAUCGAUAUUUGGAGUGCUGGCUGUAUUUUGCUGAACUUGUUAAAGCAAAACAUCUUUAUUCAGGGAGACGACCGCAAGACAGUGUUCGAAAGCAUUUUGGAACUGUUUGGGAGUCGUACUGCUUUCUGUAUCCUUUCUAUCUAG